AUGUCUUCCUCUCCAGAAUACGUCUUUACCCGGGACUAUUUGGACAACAACCGCAUCAACCUGCAGCACUAUCUGGUCGUCCAACUCUUUGGAUACCGCAUCCACCCGUCGAUUCCUGUCAAGGAUGUGAACAACUUACGGAUUGCGGACGUUGGAACUGGUACUGGUGUCUGGCUCACCGAUUUGGUCGACGAAUUCCCUGCAACUGUCCAACUGGAUGGACUUGACGUCUCCUUUGAUGCUACUCCUCCACGCGCCUGGCUCCCGCCCAACAUGAGCCUUCACCAUUGGGAUAUCAAGGCCGAGGUCCCCGAGCACCUGGUUGGAGUUUAUGACGUGGUUCAUGUUCGCCAUUUCGCCUUUGUUCUCCAACAGCCUGACUUGAAGGGUGUACUUGACAAUCUAUUGAAACUUCUCAAGCCCGGAGGCUACCUCCAGUGGACCGAUAUCGACGUAUCCUCACUUCGCGUCGAGAAGAUCAAUCCAGACGUCAAGGUGGACGCGCAGGUCAAGUUGAUGAACCUUUUCCAGGCUAAUGAUACUCGUCUUCGUUCCGCGUGGGUUCCAACUCUGCCCUCGCUUUUCACACAGAGCGGAUUCACAAAUGUCGAAUCUGAUGUGAAGGAGGCCCCACCCCAUCUGGGGGUUGCACUGCAUGAGUGUGGAAUGUUGGCCACGGAGGUGUUGGCCCGGAACAAGGCAGGUGGGAACGAGCAGAUGGUGCAGCAACUUAGACAGUUGUUGACCGAGGCUGCAAAGGAGACUCGGGAGGGAUCUGUUCUGGCUUUUACUAGACUCACUGUCGUUGGUCAGAAGGCGAGCCAGUAG